GGCUCAGUGUGAGCUACCCACCUCGCGGGCCUGACAGACUCUGAGAUGACAAUAGGAAGCAUGGAGAAUGUGGAGAUCUUCACUUCAGAGGGCAAAGGCAGAGGUCUGAAGGCCACGAAGGAGUUCUGGGCUGCAGAUGUCAUCUUUGCUGAGCGUGCUUAUUCUGCAGUGGUUUUCGACAGCCUCAUUAACGUCGUGUGCCACACCUGCUUCAAGAGGCAGGAGACGCUCCACCGCUGCGGGCAGUGCAAGUUCGCCCAUUACUGCGACCGCACGUGCCAGAAGGACGCUUGGCUGAACCACAAGAACGAGUGUUCCGCCAUUAAGAGAUACGGGAAGGUGCCCAAUGAGAACAUCAGGCUGGCAGCCCGCAUCAUGUGGCGGGUGGAGAGAGAGGGCACUGGGCUCACAGAAGGCUGCCUGGUGUCAGUGGAUGACUUGCAGAACCACGUGGAGCACUUUGGGGAAGAGGAGCAGAAGGAGCUUCGGGUGGACGUGGACACGUUCUUGCAGUACUGGCCCCCACAGAGCCAGCAGUUCAGCAUGCAGUAUAUCUCGCACAUCUUCGGCGUGAUCAACUGCAAUGGUUUCACUCUCAGCGACCAGAGAGGCCUACAGGCAGUGGGCGUGGGCAUCUUCCCCAACCUGGGCCUGGUGAACCACGACUGCUGGCCCAACUGCACUGUCAUCUUCAACAAUGGCAAUCAUGAGGCAGUGAAAUCCAUGUUUCACACGCAGAUGAGAAUUGAGCUCCGGGCUCUGGGCAAGAUCUCCAAAGGUGAGGAGCUCACCGUGUCCUACAUCGACUUCCUCCACCUCAGCGAGGAGCGCAGACAGCAGCUGAAGAAGCAGUACUACUUUGACUGCUCCUGUCAGCACUGCCAGAAAGGGCUGAAGGACGACCUCUUCCGGGCAGUGAAGGAAGACCCCAAGCCCUCCCCAGAAGUGGUGAAGGAGAUGGUACAGUUCUCAAAGGAUACUCUGGAAAAAAUAGACAAGGCUCGCUCUGAGGGUUUGUAUCAUGAGGUUGUGAAGCUGUGCCGGGAGUGUCUGGAGAAACAGGAACCAGUGUUCGCCGACACCAACCUCUAUGUGCUUCGUCUGCUAAGCAUUGUGUCAGAGGUUCUCUCCUAUCUCCAGGCCUUUGAGGAGGCCUCGCACUAUGCCAGGAGGAUGGUGGAUGGCUACACGAAGCUCUACCACCAUAACAAUGCCCAACUGGGCAUGGCUGUGAUGCGGGCAGGGCUGACCAAUUGGCAUGCUGGCAACAUUGAAGUGGGGCACGGGAUGAUCUGCAAAGCCUACGCUAUUCUCCUGGUGACACACGGACCCUCCCACCCAAUUACCAAGGACUUGGAGGCCAUGAGGGUACAGACAGAGAUGGAGCUUCGCAUGUUCCGCCAGAAUGAGUUCAUGUACCACAAGAUGCGAGAGGCUGCCCUGAACAACCAGCCCAUGCAGGUCAUGGCUGAGCCCAGCAAUGAACCAGCCCCGGCUCUGUUCCAUAAGAAGCAAUGAGGACUUUGUUGGAGAGUGGGGGCAAUGUGACUGGGAGCUGGGGAAAUUACUACCCUGUGUCCCCCACUGUCGUUUUGGUUGAGUUCAACUCAGCUUAGCGCUAUCUCAUCCCAGACCAACUCUUUCUAUAUGUGUCGGGUGCUAGAUUCCACCAUCUAUUCAAUA